CUCAAGGGCUCCAACGUGCUAGCGGAAGUACAUGUUUAGCGGUCACGUGCCUGAGAGAGGUAGUUCGCGAGCCCGGAAGUGUCAUGAUGUCCUACUGUACCCUCAUGGCGGCUCAGGGAAGAUGAGAGUAUCCGAAUGAGACAGAAAGACGCUCUCCAGCAGCAAGCUGGCUCCAGACGGUUCCUGCCAGGAUACCUCCACACCCCUUCACUACCAGCCUCGGAUGGUUUCAGCAGCCUGCCCUGUUUGACACAGUGAUUUCUACUGUGACUGGGAACAAUGGUGAAGUAUUUCUUAGGAAUGAGUAUCCUGAAAAACUCAUGGGACCAAGUAUCUGCUGCUUUUUGGCAGCGCUAUCCAAACCCUUACAGCAAACAUGUAUUAACUGAAGACAUUCUGUACCGUGAGGUGACACCUGACCACAAGCUGCUGACCAGGAGACUUCUAACCAAGACCAAUAGAUUGCCCCGAUGGGCCGAGCGCAUUUUCCCAGCCAAUGUGGCCCAAGCUGUGCAUGUCAUAGAAGAUUCCAUCAUAGAUCCUUUAAGCAGAACCAUGACCACAUAUACAUGGAACAUCAAUCAUGUCUCGAUCAUGUCUGUGGAGGAGCGCUGUGUGUACUGUGAAAAUUCUGAGAACAGUAACUGGACCGAGAUCAAACGCGAAGCAUGGGUGUCCUCCAAAGUGUUUGGUUUCACCAGGGCUAUUCAGGAGUUUGGUCUCGCUCGCUUUAAAAGUAAUGUGACCAAGGCAAUGAAGGGCUUUGAAUUCAUUCUGGGAAAAAUGCACGGUGAUGUGCCUCACAGGACCCUUGUUGAAACAGCGAAAGAAGCAACGGAAAAAGCAAAGGAGACUGCACUGGCAGCAAAGGAGAAAGCCAAAGACUUGGCCAGCAAGGCAACUACAACGAAGAAGCAGCAAUAUGUGUGAAGGUUUGUUGGCCCUGACCACGGGCUACUCCAUUCAGGCACCAGAAGCUGGCAGUUAUGCUGGGUUCAUCUAUCACCUGAACCAAUGUCCACCCUACUAUGACUAGAAAUCAUAUUGUUUUCCUCUAGUUCCUUUAUGAUCCAAAAAGAAAACGAAAAUGUGAAUACAACGAAUAACAAAUUACUCUUUUCUAUGCUUUAAAUUAUGAUUAAAUAACUAAUUGAAAUGC